AUGGCAAAUUCUAAUUUAGCACGAAGAGCAAAGGUUGUUGCUCAGGGCCUUGUGGAUUUGGCUUCUUUGGACCAAAAAUGGUUAGCUCGUUGGAGAGCAAGAUGUAAUAACAAGUUUAUCAAUCCACGUCGGCUAAUAAAUGAAGACAAAAAGGAUUUGAAAAAAAUGUAUUCAUUAACGAUGUUUCCCUAUCCCUCCGGUAGCUUACACAUGGGCCAUUUAAGAGUUUAUUCCAUCAGUGACACGUUGGCAAGAUAUUACAGAAUGAAAGGUUAUGAUUUGAUCCAUCCAAUGGGUUGGGAUGCCUUUGGUUUGCCCGCUGAAAAUGCUGCUGUUGAGAGAGGUGUGAAUCCAGAGGUUUGGACUAAGUCAAACAUCCAAAAAAUGAAAGCUCAGAUGGAGUUAAUGUUGACCGAUUUUGAUUGGAGUAGGGAGGUGUCUACUUGUGAUCCGGAGUAUUACAAGCAUACUCAAAAGAUAUUUUUAGAAUUUUUGAAACAUGGUCUUGCUUACCGUAAAAAGGCAGAGAUAAAUUGGGAUCCUAUUGACAAAACUGUUCUAGCCAACGAACAGGUUGACUCUGAGGGUAGGUCUUGGAGAUCAGGUGCAGUUGUAGAAAAGAAAUUACUAGAACAAUGGUUCUUGGGGAUAACCAAAUAUGCAGGCGCUCUUAAUAAAGAUUUGGAACUGUUAGAAGAUUGGCCUAGUAAAGUUAAAGCCAUGCAACGGAAUUGGAUUGGAGAGUCGAAAGGUGCAGAGAUUAAAUUUCAAGUAUGUAAGGAUGCUAAGUCCCACUUGGAAGGACACCUACCUGUCGAUAUCCUUGACAUUUUUACAACUAGAGCAGAAACUAUCUUUAGCGUUCAGUAUUUAGCUCUCUCCUUCUCUCACCCUAUUACCCAAUUUAUAUCCAAGAAUGAUCCAAAACUGAGAGAAUUUAUUGAUAGGCUUAACAAAGAUGGCGAAGAGUCUGAGAAAUCCAAAGAGGGAUAUCUUUUACCUGAUGUUUAUGCUACCAAUCCACUUGAUGCUGGUGUAAAGAUCCCUCUUUUUGUUGCCCCAUAUGUUAUAGGCACUUAUGGAAGUGGUGCAGUUAUGGGAUGUCCUGCUCAUGAUGUGAGAGAUUUUGAGUUCUGGAUCAAUAAUAUGGGAUCUAGCUCCGCCAUCAUUCACUCGGUCGAGCCAAUUAACGAAUCCGAUUAUAUUGAAGGUGAACCUUUUGUUUCGAAGGAGGGUAAGAUGAAUAUCAACUCCAGAUUUUUAGAGGGUAUGACUACAAGUGAUGCUAGAAUACAGGUAGUUAAAGAGUUGAAGCUAAUUCAAAUGGGAUACUUUAAAACAAACUACAGAAUUAGAGAUUGGUUAAUUUCCAGGCAGCGUUAUUGGGGCGCACCAAUUCCUGUCAUUCAUUGUGAUUCGUGUGGCAUUGUCCCCGUUCCAGAUGAAGAUUUACCUGUCAAGCUACCACAUGUUGAUAAAUUAUUAGGUAGAGGUGGGUCUCCUUUAGCUCAAAUAGAAGACUUUGUUAACUGCGAGUGUCCUAAAUGCAAAAAACCUGCCAAGAGAGACACAGACACCAUGGAUACUUUCAUGGACUCUUCUUGGUAUAUGUUUAGAUUCCUCGACUCUAAAAAUGAAAGUUUACCUUUUGACGACAAGAUUGCAUCUAAAUAUAUGCCUGUCGAUCAAUAUAUAGGUGGAGUUGAGCAUGCUAUUCUACAUUUAUUGUAUUCUAGGUUUGUUAGUAAGUUUUUCAAUGACAUCAAAUGGUAUGAGAAUGAUGCUAUGAGAGGCGAACCAUUCAAGCAAUUGAUUACUCAAGGUAUGGUUCAUGGUAAAACUUUCAUCAACCCAAAGAACGGAAGGUUCUUGAAACCUGAGGAGUAUGAACUCAAUGAAAAUGGGGAUGCGAUUAUAAAGGAGUCAGGCGAAAUCGCAAGUGUUUCCUACGAGAAAAUGUCUAAAUCUAAAUAUAACGGGGCUGAUCCAGCAGAGUGCAUAAACAGACAUGGUGCUGAUGCCACAAGGGCACAUAUUCUUUUCCAAGCUCCAAUUAACGAUAUCUUAGAUUGGGAAGAAGCAAAAAUCAUUGGUAUUGAGAGAUGGCUGAAAAAAGUGCUAAAAUUGAGUGUGGAUUUGGCAGACAGAUCUGAAACUGGAGCUAUGUGUGCAAUCGAUGCUCGCGUGGAGCCGGAUACCACAAGCAAUAUUGAAUUACACAAUGAAGUCUAUGAUUUUGAGAGAGGCAUUGACUCUGCAUUUGGAAAAACACCUUCUUUGAACACUUUAAUUGCCUACUACAUGAAAUACACCAAUUCGUUGAUUGAUGCGAUGAAAAAGAACGAUGUUACCAACGAUUUCUUGCAAUAUAAAUUUUUGAAUCUAUUGAAGUUCAUGGCACCAGUCACUCCGGCUACAUGUGAGGAAGCAUUUGAACUAUUCAAUUAUAGGAACACAAGAGGUGAUUCGUAUCCAUUUCUCCUUGAAGCGGAAUGGCCUCAAGUUUCUCCGAAAAUCGAAUCACAUGUUAACUAUAACGUCAUGAUUGACGGAAAAAUGAGGUUUGUUCAUCGAGCACACGAAAAUUUCUCUAAUGCUUCUACGGAUGAGUGUAUUUCCCAAUUAGUCACCACCUCCGACGGAGAAAAGUAUCUUUCCAAUGUGGAGGUAAAAAAGGUCAUUCUCAAAAAAGACACAAUCGUGAUCAUGACCAACCAGCCGAAAAAGCAACGGAAAAAGAAGGGCCCACAAAACACUACCGAGAAAUAA